UUUGUGAAAAUUAUGAGAUGCUCACCAACCCGGUGAUAAACUCGCUCCCUCGCUAUUGGCUGGCGCGGUCACAUGGCCGCCCAACUUUAUUCAGUUGACAGCAAGUAGGAGGGCCCUAUGGAAGGAGAAAAAAAGACAACACGAGAAAAAUUAGUAUUUUCUACCUUCUGAAAUUAAUGGCCAUGAGUUCGUAUAUGGUGAACUCCAAGUAUGUGGACCCCAAGUUCCCUCCGUGCGAGGAAUAUUUGCAGGGCGGCUACCUAGGCGAGCAGGGUACCGACUUCUACGGCGGCGCGCAGGGGGCCGAGUUCCAGCCCCCGGGGCUCUACCCCCGGCCCGACUUCGGCGAACAGCCCUUCGGUGGCGGCGCGGGGCCUGGCUCGGUGCUGCCCACGCGCGGCCACGGCCAAGAGCCCGGCGUGCCAGGGGGCCAUUACAGCGCCCCGGGUGAACCGUGCCCCGCGCCCGCCGCGCCCCCGCCCGGGCCCCUGCCUGGUGCCCGGGCCUGCAGCCAGCCAGGCGGCCCCAAGCCUCCCGCCUCGGGGACGGCGCUCAAGCAGCCAGCUGUGGUGUACCCCUGGAUGAAGAAGGUGCACGUGAAUUCGGUGAACCCCAACUACACCGGCGGGGAGCCCAAACGGUCCCGGACAGCCUACACGAGACAGCAAGUCCUAGAACUGGAGAAGGAGUUCCAUUUUAACAGGUAUCUGACCCGGCGCCGCCGCAUCGAGAUCGCGCACACGCUGUGUCUGUCCGAGCGACAGAUCAAGAUCUGGUUCCAGAAUCGGAGGAUGAAGUGGAAAAAAGAUCACAAGCUCCCCAACACCAAAGGCAGGUCGUCCUCUUCCUCGUCUUCAUCCUCCUCCUCUUCUUCCUGCUCCACCUCGGCCACCCCUGGCCAGCAUUUGCAGACCCUGGCCAAAGACCAACACACGGACCUGACGACCUUAUAGAAGCGGGCCCCUGCCCACCCCUCCCUGCUGCGCUCCCGGCUGAGCCGAAGCUGCAGGGCAGGCCGGGCCUGCUGUCACCGCGCAGGGCUCUAAGGUACUGUGGGGUGGGCCUGGGACAGUAUCCUGCCAGGAGCGGGCAGGGAGGUGUGGAGGGGGGGAUUGAUUCUCUAGAAGUAUAUAAUCACAAAGCAGGAGCUACUGAGAACAGAAAACCUGGGUGAGUCAUUAAACUAAUGAAAAUCUCCACGGUUGGAUUUUAAAUUUGCAGAUGAAGGUUGGAUGCUUUAUCCCUGGGUGAAUUUGACCAUUUCCCCCUGCUUCACCACUCCAGGGAUUUUUGUGGUUUGAUAGUAUGGGGGGAGUUGAGGCAGGUUGUUUUUAGUGGAAGCAAGAGAUCUGGGCCAAGAUCCCUGAACUUUCUGAGUUGUCUAUAUAAUAUCUGAUAUGAAAAAAAUAUAUAUCUAUAUAUAUUCUGCUCACAGUGGUCCCAUGCCCAAAGAAACGAGUCUAAGAAGGAAGUGGGAAACGGGUUAUUUUAUGUUUAGAUUAUAUGUGCUUAAAUAUUUAUUUGUUGGGGAAUGGGGUACAGAAAUCAUUGACAUCUUCAUGCCAAACAUCUCAAGCUAGUGAAGGGGACUGAACAAGUUUUAGGGAGCAGAAUUAGAAUGGUGUGGACAGACUUCUGGCUGGAACCUGCAUUUUGAACUCCACCCUCUCUCACUCCCCCAGAAACCUGUGUAGGGGGCCCUUAACCAUUCCAGAGAGAAGCAAAGGGUCCACUCAGUUGAGUUCUUGAAAAUAUAUUUCCACAUGUGCUUUUUUCAACACUGCUUGCAACCAGUUCUGGAUGAUUAAAGCAAAGGAGGGAAAAAGAAGAAACAAAUGGUCCAACAUUUUCCUUCUGGGGAAAGAAAACAAAACCUCUAUGUUCUGGGUCAUUAGAUGAUGACUGCAUUUUCUGUUCCAAUUGGAUUUCAAAUGCCCCAAAUACCCACCUAUUAACAGUAUUUUAUAGGAAUUAGUGUAGAGUCUAUAUGGGAGAGGGGAUUGCUGCGCAAAGGCGAGAGGAAUUACAUUUGCACAGCUUACUUUACAAAGAAACAAAGCUUACUUAAAUAAAGAAAGAAAAAAGAAAGAGAGAGAGAGAGAGAAAGAAAGGAAGAAGUAAUUGAAUAUACAGAAGUCCACAGAAGUUGGCCUUAGGGUUUUAUUUUCCCCUGAAGUUUUUAUUUUUUAAACAAACCUAAGGGAGUUCCCCCCCACUCCCAUUAAUUAGAAGCAGGAAUUGUAAAAGCAGAAAAGUUUUCAGGCCCUCUUCCCUUGCUUUGAGAGCACUGGCUGAAAAACAUCACUCUCAAACAGGAGAGAUACUCUUGAGUUAUGCUUCUUAUGCCUGCCCUGGAAAGAACUCAAAGUUCUUCUUUCAAAAGUGCUGGCCCUCAGGAUAAAGGGUGGGGGGCAGUCAAAGGUAAUGACCACAGUUCAUAAUGACCCCAUGAAAGAACCCUUCAGAAGUUUAAGCCCCAAAGCCUCAGGCUCCAAAAAGAAACCCCAGGUUGUAGCUACGGAAGAGUGACAAAAGGGGGCAGGAGAAGGGGUUGUGUUUGAAAGGGAGCUGCAGAAUUAGGAUUAUUCAUCUAUGCUUUAGGACAUUCCUGAAGGUUUCAGUAGUGAUUUUGAAAAUAUGUAAUUGAAGAGGCAAAACUAUAUUCUUUGCAGGCUGAUGCUUUGGUGUCUCCUGAGAGCUAAGGGCAGAUUUUCACUGAAGUCCCUAGGCCGAAAUUCCACUUGGCUAAAGUAUCUUCCAAGCCCUGGUCUUUUGUAUCAGACCCCAGGGACAGCUCUUUGUUCCUCCUUGGGGUGAGCCUGGCUCUCAGACUUGCACAUGGCAAUACUUGAAUAUCGCCACGUCGGGAUAUUAAAGAUGGAUAUUCCUGCUUUAUUCACAUCAUUGUUACUAUGACAAAAAGCACAGAGUUCAUACAUAGUCAAGAUGUCUUUUUUCUGAUGCCCUCACGUUGAGAAGCUGAAAAGGUAUUUUACUGAAGUUCGGCUAAAUUACAGAAUCAGGUUCAUCCAGAGGACAAAUUUUCUAUUCGAUUAGCUGUAUUUCAGCCGGGAGGACUGACCUCUAAACCCUUAACCUUUUGGACUCUAACUACCCUUCUCUCUCUCUCUCUCUUUUUUUUUUUUCUCCCUCUAACAUGGAUAGCAGGCUUUGGACGCAGCAUUUGAAAAGAGCCGCUAUCUCUAGGCAAGUUGGAAAGUUGAGUCCUAAAACUCAAAUAUGUAAAUACAUUGACCCUUCUCCUUUGGAGGGGGGGGCAAAGUUUAUAUUUUCAUCAUAUCCAGCUACAUAUAUAUUAUAGAGAGGAUUCUAUCUAGAGAGAUCUGCCCCCUUUCCUAGAAGUUCAGGUUACUCACCCCAGCUUCAGACCAAAUGUCAAAACUUACUUCACUGCCUUUACCCCUGCCCCAGAGAAAGGCCUAGAAGCAUAUUUUGUCAGAGAGAACUCAAACUCCUCAAACUUAGAAUCACUUUGAAAAGGAACUUAAUCAGAGCAACAUCUUCUUUGUUUAUUAGUCUCAGUGCCCCUUCUCAGCUUCCAGGGAUUGUCUUUUGAAAUGUUAAUGGAGCCUGGUCGGCCCAGAGGGCAUCCUUCAACCGUGAGGUCCGAGUAGGACCUCAAGGUCCAUUUGGGCCCAUAGGAAUGGGACAAGGAAGAGGCAGCCUGACCCCUUCUCUCUCUCCCCCCCCCCCCAUCCCAACCACCUCAGGCAGGGAAGGAAAUGAGUUUCCAUCUGGGAACGUGCUCUGGGGAAAUAGAGAAGUAGAGUAGCUCAGUGUCCAUUUGCUUUUAUUUGUUUCCAGUUUGUUCCCCCCAAAAUGAGCCAGAAGUGUUUGUCUGGGUGUGUUGUUUUCUUUUUUUGGAAAGCUGUGUUGGGAUGGGGGCUGGGACAUGGGGGGUGUUUUGCUGAGGACAUUGCUCCUUAGACUCCCACCUCACUCUGUCCACUGCAGCCUUUUGUUGGGAGAUGACAUUGUCACUCAGCCCCAUGAUGUCUGUUCACACAAAAUGCUUUUUUAAUAGAAUUGAUCAAUGUUCUGCUGCCACUGAUUAAAGUAUUAUUUAUACUAAUUGUUGCCUGUAGUUUUGAUGUAAUUCAUUGAUCUAUAUUUGAAAUAAUAAAAGGUGUAGAGAAA